AUUUCUAACAUUGGAGCUAUAUGUGGCCCGGGAAGGGAGGAACAGUUUAUUGAUGCCCCCCACUCUUCAAGGGGCCCUGUCAGUAGUGGGAGGGGCCGGUCCUGCUGCUGAGUCAGAGGGGGCCGGCCUAGGCGUCCUGGAGGGCGGGCAGGCGGGAGGCUCAGACAGGCAGCCUUGCCGGCAGGAAUUCACAGAGCCAGGCGCUGGAGCCACACUGCCCCUGAGCCUGCGCCCUUGUGCUUAGAACCGGAGCCUGCUUGCCUACUUGCCAGUGGCCCCUGCCACAUCCUUUGCCAAAGGAGCCUCAUCAGCCUUCUCUGGCUGUGCCCCACCUGCUGCCCUCACACUGUGCUGACCGGCAGGCAUCCAGCAGCCAUGGUGGCAGGCAUGCUCAUGCCGUUGGACCAGCUCCGGGCCAUCUAUGAGGUGCUCUUUCGUGAGGGGGUUAUGGUGGCCAAGAAGGAUCGGCGGCCCCGCAGCCUGCAUCCCCAUGUGCCUGGCGUCACCAAUCUACAGGUCAUGCGUGCCAUGGCCUCACUGCGAGCUCGGGGCCUGGUGCGGGAGACCUUUGCCUGGCGUCACUUCUACUGGUACCUGACCAACGAGGGCAUUGACCACCUGCGCCAGUACCUACACCUGCCACCAGAGAUCGUGCCUGCCUCUCUGCAGCGUGUGCGCCGCCCUGUCGCCAUGGUGAUGCCUGCACGUCGUCGCUCCCCUCAUGUGCAGGCCGUACAAGGUCCCCUGAGCUGCCCACCAAAGCGGGGUCCUCUGCCAGCUGAGGACCCUGUCCGUGAGGAGCGGAAGGUCUAUCGCAGGAAGGAGCCUGAGGAGGGGGCACCUGAAACCCCUAUGGUGUCUGCCACCACCGUGGGGACCCUGGCCAGGCCAGGCCCGGAGCCUGCUCCAGCCACAGAUGAACGGGACCGCGUGCAGAAGAAAACCUUCACCAAGUGGGUCAACAAACACCUUAUCAAGGCUCAGAGGCACAUCAGUGACCUGUAUGAAGACCUCCGCGAUGGCCACAACCUUAUCUCCCUGCUGGAAGUCCUCUCAGGGGACAGCCUGCCCCGAGAGAAGGGGAGGAUGCGCUUCCACAAGCUGCAGAAUGUUCAGAUUGCCCUGGACUAUCUCCGACAUCGCCAGGUGAAGUUAGUGAACAUCAGAAAUGAUGACAUUGCUGACGGCAACCCCAAGCUGACCCUGGGCCUGAUCUGGACCAUCAUCCUGCACUUCCAGAUCUCAGACAUUCAGGUGAGCGGGCAGUCGGAGGACAUGACCGCGAAGGAAAAGCUGCUGCUGUGGUCACAGCGGAUGGUAGAGGGCUACCAAGGCCUGCGUUGUGACAACUUCACCACCAGUUGGCGUGAUGGCCGUCUCUUCAACGCUAUCAUCCACCGGCACAAGCCCAUGCUCAUUGAUAUGAAUAAAGUGUAUCGUCAGACCAACCUGGAGAACCUAGACCAGGCCUUCUCCGUGGCAGAGCGGGACCUGGGAGUUACAAGGCUCCUGGACCCAGAAGAUGUGGAUGUCCCUCAGCCUGAUGAGAAGUCUAUCAUCACCUAUGUUUCAUCCCUGUAUGACGCCAUGCCCCGCGUGCCCGGCGCACAGGAUGGAGUGAGGGCCAAUGAGCUGCAGCUUCGCUGGCAGGAGUACCGGGAGCUUGUGUUGCUGCUUCUGCAGUGGAUCCGACACCAUACUGCUGCCUUUGAGGAACGCAAGUUCCCCUCCAGCUUUGAAGAGAUCGAGAUUCUGUGGUGCCAGUUUCUGAAGUUCAAGGAGACGGAGCUUCCUGCCAAGGAGGCAGACAAGAACCGGUCCAAAGGCAUCUAUCAGUCCUUGGAGGGGGCAGUACAAGCAGGCCAGCUCAAGAUUCCUCCAGGCUACCACCCGCUAGACGUGGAAAAGGAAUGGGGCAAGCUGCAUGUGGCCAUUCUGGAGCGGGAGAAGCAACUCCGGAGCGAGUUUGAGAGGCUGGAGUGUCUUCAGCGCAUCGUGAGCAAACUGCAGAUGGAGGCUGGGUUGUGUGAGGAGCAGCUGAACCAGGCCGACUCCCUGCUGCAGUCGGACAUUCGGCUGCUGGCCUCAGGCAAGGCGGCUCAGCGGGCGGGAGAGGUGGAGCGAGACCUGGACAAGGCUGAUGGCAUGAUCCGGCUGCUCUUCAACGAUGUGCAGACCCUUAAAGAUGGGCGGCACCCACAGGGCGAACAGAUGUAUCGGAGGGUGUAUCGUCUGCACGAGCGCCUGGUAGCCAUCCGCACUGAGUACAACCUCCGGCUGAAGGCAGGAGUGUCUGCCCCUGUGACCCAAGUGACCCUGCAGAGUACCCAGAGGCGCCCAGACCUAGAGGACUCUACACUGCGCUACCUACAAGACCUGCUGGCGUGGGUAGAGGAGAACCAGCGUCGAAUAGACAGUGCUGAGUGGGGCGUGGACUUGCCUAGUGUAGAGGCCCAGCUGGGCAGCCACCGAGGCAUGCAUCAGUCUAUUGAGGAAUUCCGGGCCAAGAUCGAGCGGGCACGGAAUGAUGAGAGCCAGCUCUCCCCUGCCACCCGGGGUGCCUACCGAGACUGCCUGGGUCGCCUGGACCUGCAGUAUGCAAAGCUGCUGAACUCCUCCAAGGCCCGCCUCCGGUCCCUGGAGAGCCUGCACGGGUUUGUGGCUGCAGCUACCAAGGAGCUGAUGUGGCUGAAUGAGAAGGAAGAGGAGGAAGUGGGCUUUGACUGGAGUGACCGCAACACCAACAUGGCUGCUAAGAAGGAGAGUUACUCGGCCCUGAUGCGUGAACUGGAAAUGAAGGAAAAGAAAAUCAAGGAGAUCCAGAAUACCGGGGACCGGCUGCUGCGGGAGGACCAUCCUGCCCGGCCCACAGUGGAGUCCUUCCAGGCUGCCUUGCAGACCCAGUGGAGCUGGAUGCUACAGCUGUGUUGCUGCAUUGAAGCACACUUGAAAGAGAACACAGCCUACUUCCAGUUCUUCUCAGAUGUACGAGAGGCCGAGGAACAGUUGCAGAAACUACAGGACACAUUGCGCAGGAAGUACACCUGUGACCGCUCCAUCACCGUCACCAGGCUGGAGGACCUGCUGCAGGAUGCCCAGGACGAGAAGGAGCAGCUGAAUGAGUACAAGGGGCACCUCUCAGGCUUGGCCAAGCGGGCCAAGGCCAUUGUGCAGUUGAAGCCACGUAACCCUGCCUACCCUGUGCGGGGCCACGUGCCUCUGCUGGCUGUGUGUGACUACAAGCAGGUGGAGGUGACUGUACACAAGGGUGACCAAUGCCAGCUGGUGGGUCCUGCCCAGCCAUCCCACUGGAAGGUACUCAGCAGUUCCAGUAGUGAGGCUGCUGUGCCUUCAGUGUGCUUUCUUGUUCCACCACCGAACCAGGAGGCCCAAGAAGCUGUCACUAGACUGGAGGCCCAGCAUCAGGCCCUGGUCACACUGUGGCACCAGCUGCACGUGAACAUGAAGAGCCUUCUGGCAUGGCAGAGCCUCAAUCGGGACAUACAGCUCAUCCGGUCCUGGUCACUCGUCACGUUUCGUACACUGAAGCCGGAGGAGCAGCGCCAAGCUCUGCGCAGCCUGGAGUCGCACUACCAGGCCUUCCUUCGAGACAGCCAGGAUGCUGGCGGCUUCGGGCCUGAGGACCGGCUAGUGGCAGAACGCGAGUAUGGAUCUUGCAGCCGCCACUACCAGCAGCUACUACAAAGCCUGGAGCAGGGCGAGCAAGAGGAGUCUCGCUGUCAGCGAUGCAUCUCGGAGCUCAAGGACAUUCGGCUGCAACUGGAGGCCUGUGAGACCCGGACCGUACACCGUCUGCGGCUACCACUGGACAAAGAGCCUGCACGGGAGUGUGCCCAGCGCAUCGCUGAGCAACAGAAAGCCCAGGCUGAGGUGGAGGGGCUGGGCAAGGGAGUCGCCCGCCUCUCUGCUGAGGCUGAGAAAGUUCUAGCCUUGCCAGAGCCGUCACCUGCUGCUCCCACCCUGCGCUCGGAGUUGGAAUUGACCCUGGGCAAGCUAGAACAGGUCCGAAGCUUAUCUGCCAUCUACUUGGAGAAACUUAAGACCAUCAGCUUGGUAAUUCGCAGUACCCAGGGGGCCGAGGAGGUGCUUAAAGCCCAUGAGGAGCAGCUCAAGGAGGCCCAGGCUGUGCCUGCCACUCUCCAAGAGCUUGAAGCCACCAAGGCCUCACUGAAGAAACUGCGGGCCCAGGCGGAAGCACAGCAGCCUGUAUUCGACACCCUAAGAGAUGAGUUGCGGGGGGCACAGGAAGUGGGUGAACGGCUACAGCAGCGGCACGGCGAACGGGACGUGGAAGUGGAACGUUGGAGAGAGCGCGUCACUCAGCUGCUGGAGCGCUGGCAGGCUGUACUAGCCCAGACUGAUGUGCGACAGCGGGAGCUGGAACAGCUGGGUCGCCAACUUCGCUACUACCGUGAGAGCGCAGACCCACUGAGCUCCUGGCUGCAGGAUGCCAAGAAGCGGCAAGAACAGAUCCAGGCCGUGCCAAUACCCAACAGCCAGGCUGCCCGAGAACAACUGCGCCAGGAGAAGGCCCUGCUGGAGGAGAUUGAGCGGCACGGCGAGAAGGUGGAGGAGUGCCAGAGGUUCGCCAAGCAGUACAUCAACGCAAUCAAGGACUAUGAACUCCAGCUGGUCACCUACAAGGCGCAGCUUGAGCCUGUGGCCUCCCCAGCCAAGAAGCCCAAGGUUCAGUCUGGAUCGGAGAGUGUCAUCCAAGAGUAUGUGGAUUUGCGUACACGCUACAGUGAGCUGACCACACUCACAAGUCAGUACAUCAAGUUCAUCAGUGAGACGCUGCGCCGCAUGGAAGAGGAAGAGAGGCUGGCUGAGCAACAGCGGGCAGAGGAACGAGAGCGACUGGCUGAGGUAGAGGCUGCGCUGGAGAAGCAGCGACAGCUAGCUGAGGCACAUGCCAAGGCUAAGGCUCAGGCGGAGCUGGAAGCACAAGAACUGCAGCGGCGCAUGAAGGAGGAGGUGGCGCGACGUGAGGAGGCAGCGGUGGACGCACAGCAGCAGAAGCGCAGCAUCCAAGAGGAGCUGCAGCAUCUUCGGCAGAGCUCAGAGGCAGAGAUCCAGGCCAAGGCCCAACAGGUGGAGGCUGCAGAACGCAGCCGGAUGCGCAUUGAGGAAGAGAUCCGUGUAGUGCGCCUGCAGCUGGAAACAACUGAGCGCCAACGUGGGGGGGCAGAGGGUGAGCUACAAGCUCUGCGCGCACGAGCCGAGGAGGCCGAAGCACAGAAACGGCAGGCUCAGGAGGAAGCUGAGCGCUUGCGAAGGCAGGUGCAAGAUGAGAGCCAGCGCAAAAGGCAAGCAGAGGCAGAGCUGGCCCUGCGUGUGAAGGCUGAAGCCGAGGCGGCUCGAGAGAAGCAGCGGGCCCUGCAGGCCCUGGAGGAACUGCGACUGCAAGCUGAGGAGGCUGAACGGCGACUGCGCCAAGCUGAGGCAGAGAGGGCACGCCAAGUGCAGGUGGCUCUGGAGACGGCACAGCGCAGUGCAGAGGCAGAACUGCAGAGCAAGCGUGCAUCCUUUGCAGAGAAGACAGCACAGCUGGAGCGCACCCUGCAGGAGGAGCAUGUGACCGUGACACAGCUGCGGGAGGAGGCCGAGCGGCGGGCACAGCAACAAGCUGAGGCCGAACGAGCCCGGGAGGAGGCUGAGCGGGAACUGGAGCGCUGGCAGCUGAAAGCCAAUGAAGCGCUGAGGCUGCGGCUACAGGCGGAAGAGGUGGCCCAGCAGAAGAGCCUGGCACAGGCUGAUGCAGAGAAGCAGAAAGAAGAGGCAGAGCGCGAAGCACGGCGACGUGGCAAGGCAGAGGAACAGGCAGUGCGGCAGCGAGAGCUGGCGGAACAGGAGCUGGAGAAGCAGCGACAGCUGGCAGAGGGCACUGCGCAGCAGCGCCUGGCUGCAGAGCAGGAGCUGAUCCGCCUACGGGCUGAGACAGAGCAGGGUGAACAGCAGCGGCAGCUGCUAGAAGAGGAGCUGGCCCGGCUACAGCGGGAAGCAACCGCAGCCACGCAGAAGCGCCAGGAACUGGAGGCCGAGUUGGCCAAGGUGCGAGCGGAGAUGGAGGUGCUGCUGGCCAGCAAGGCACGAGCCGAGGAAGAGUCUCGUUCGACCAACGAGAAGUCUAAGCAGAGGCUAGAGGCCGAGGCGGACAGGUUUCGAGAGCUGGCCGAGGAGGCUGCUCGUCUGCGUGCCCUGGCUGAGGAGGCCAAGCGGCAGAGGCAGCUGGCCGAGGAGGAUGCAACUCGCCAGCGGGCUGAGGCAGAGCGAGUGCUUACUGAGAAGCUGGCUGCCAUCAGUGAGGCCACCAGGCUCAAGACCGAGGCAGAGAUUGCCCUUAAAGAGAAGGAGGCUGAGAAUGAGCGCCUGCGGCGCCUGGCUGAAGAUGAGGCCUUCCAGCGGCGGCGUCUGGAGGAGCAGGCUGCGCAGCACAAGGCUGACAUAGAGGAGCGCUUGGCCCAGCUGCGCAAGGCAUCAGAGAGUGAGCUAGAGAGGCAAAAGGGGUUGGUGGAGGACACGCUGCGGCAGCGGCGACAAGUGGAGGAGGAGAUCAUGGCGCUGAAGGUGAGCUUUGAGAAAGCUACCGCUGGCAAGGCAGAGCUGGAGCUGGAGCUAGGGCGCAUUCGUAGCAAUGCUGAGGACACAAUGCGCAGCAAGGAGCAGGCGGAGCAGGAGGCAGCUAGGCAGCGGCAGUUGGCAGCUGAGGAGGAGCAGAAGCGCCGGGAGGCUGAGGAACGUGUGCAGAAGAGUCUGGCAGCUGAGGAGGAAGCUGCACGCCAGCGCAAGGUUGCACUGGAGGAAGUCGAGCGGCUCAAGGCCAAGGUGGAAGAAGCCAGGCGCCAGCGAGAAAGAGCAGAGCAGGAGUCAGCAAGACAACUGCAGCUGGCCCAGGAGGCUGCCCAGAAACGACUGCAGGCAGAAGAGAAGGCGCAUGCCUUUGUGGUGCAACAGCGAGAAGAGGAGCUGCAGCAGACACUUCAGCAGGAGCAGAACAUGCUGGAACGGCUGCGCAGUGAGGCCGAGGCAGCCCGGCGAGCUGCUGAAGAGGCAGAGGAGGCCCGGGAGCAGGCAGAACGGGAGGCCGCACAGUCACGGAAACAAGUAGAAGAGGCAGAGCGGCUGAAACAGUCAGCCGAGGAGCAGGCACAGGCACGGGCUCAGGCACAGGCAGCCGCAGAGAAGCUGCGCAAGGAAGCCGAGCAGGAGGCAGCACGUCGGGCUCAGGCAGAGCAGGCGGCAUUGAAACAGAAGCAAGCAGCUGACGCAGAGAUGGAGAAGCAUAAGAAGUUUGCGGAGCAGACCCUGCGGCAGAAGGCCCAGGUUGAGCAGGAGCUGACGACUCUAAGACUGCAACUAGAGGAAACGGACCACCAGAAGAGCAUCCUGGAUGAGGAGCUGCAGCGGCUAAAGGCCGAGGUAACAGAGGCAGCCCGGCAGCGGAGCCAGGUAGAGGAGGAGCUCUUCUCUGUCCGCGUGCAGAUGGAGGAGCUGGGCAAGCUCAAGGCUCGCAUUGAAGCUGAAAACCGGGCACUCAUCCUGCGCGACAAGGACAACACCCAGCGCUUCCUGGAGGAGGAGGCUGAGAAGAUGAAACAGGUGGCGGAGGAGGCCGCUCGGCUGAGUGUGGCUGCCCAGGAGGCAGCACGGCUGCGGCAGCUAGCGGAGGAGGACCUGGCACAGCAGCGGGCCCUGGCAGAGAAGAUGCUCAAGGAAAAGAUGCAGGCAGUGCAGGAAGCCACGAGGCUGAAGGCUGAGGCCGAACUGCUACAGCAGCAGAAGGAGCUUGCGCAGGAGCAGGCCCGGCGGCUGCAGGAGGACAAGGAGCAGAUGGCGCAGCAGUUGGUAGAGGAGACUCAGGGUUUCCAGCGGACUCUGGAGGCAGAGCGGCAGCGGCAGCUGGAAAUGAGUGCAGAGGCUGAGCGCCUCAAGCUGCGCAUGGCUGAGAUGAGCCGAGCUCAGGCCCGGGCAGAGGAGGAUGCCCAGCGCUUCCGGAAGCAGGCUGAAGAGAUCGGUGAAAAGCUGCACCGCACUGAGCUAGCUACACAGGAGAAGGUGACAUUGGUGCAGACGCUGGAGAUCCAGCGACAGCAGAGUGAUCAUGAUGCCGAGCGUCUGAGGGACGCCAUUGCUGAGCUGGAGCGUGAGAAGGAAAAGCUCAAGCAAGAGGCCAAGUUGCUGCAGCUCAAGUCUGAGGAGAUGCAGACGGUGCAGCAGGAACAGAUACUGCAGGAGACACAGGCCUUGCAGAAGAGCUUUCUCUCUGAGAAGGAUAGCCUGCUGCAACGGGAACGCUUCAUCGAGGAGGAGAAGGCCAAGCUGGAACAGCUUUUCCAGGAUGAAGUGGCAAAAGCAAAACAGCUCCGUGAGGAGCAGCAGCGGCAGCAGCAGCAGAUGGAGCAGGAGAAGCAGGAGUUGAUGGCCAGCAUGGAGGAAGCCAGGAGGCGGCAGCACGAGGCAGAGGAGGGUGUGCGGCGUAAGCAAGAGGAGCUGCAACAUUUGGAGCAGCAGCGGCAGCAGCAGCAGAUGGAGCAGGAGAAGCAGGAGUUGAUGGCCAGCAUGGAGGAAGCCAGGAGGCGGCAGCACGAGGCAGAGGAGGGUGUGCGGCGUAAGCAAGAGGAGCUGCAACAUUUGGAGCAGCAGCGGCAGCAGCAGGAGAAGCUGCUGGCUGAGGAGAACCAGAGGCUGCGCGAGCGGCUGCAGCGCCUGGAGGAAGAGCACCGAGCUGCACUGGCACACUCUGAGGAGAUCGCCGCCACUCAGGCUGCUGCCGCAAAAGCCCUGCCCAAUGGCCGCGAUGCCCUCGACGGCCCAUCCGUGGAGGUGGAACCUGAGCACACCUUCGAGGGAUUACGUCAGAAGGUGCCAGCUCAGCAGCUACAGGAAGCAGGCAUUCUCAGCAUGGAGGAACUGCAGCGGUUGGCGCAGGGCCACACCACAGUGACUGAGCUCAUGCAGCGGGAAGAUGUGCGCCAGUACCUGAGGGGCCGCAGCAGCAUUGCAGGACUGCUGCUGAAGCCCACCAAUGAGAAACUGAGUGUCUACACAGCUCUACAGAGGCAGCUGCUUAGCCCUGGAACAGCUCUUAUCCUUUUGGAGGCCCAGGCGGCUUCAGGCUUCCUGCUGGACCCUGUGCGGAACCGGCGGCUGACUGUCAAUGAGGCUGUGAAGGAGGGGGUUGUGGGUCCUGAACUGCACCACAAGCUCCUGUCGGCCGAGCGUGCUGUCACAGGCUACAAGGACCCCUACACGGGUGAGCAGAUCUCCCUCUUCCAGGCCAUGAAGAAGGACCUCAUCGUCAGGGACCAUGGCAUCCGCCUGCUGGAGGCUCAGAUCGCCACGGGUGGCAUCAUCGACCCUGUACACAGCCAUCGCGUGCCUGUGGAUGUGGCCUACCAGCGUGGCUACUUCGAUGAAGAGAUGAACCGCAUCUUGGCUGACCCGAAUGACGACACCAAGGGCUUCUUCGACCCCAACACGCAUGAGAACCUCACCUACCUGCAGCUGCUGGAGCGCUGUGUGGAGGACCCCGAGACAGGCCUGCGCCUCCUGCCACUCACAGAUAAGGCCGCCAAAGGUGGCGAGCUGGUGUACACUGAUACAGAGGCCCGUGACGUCUUUGAGAAGGCCACUGUGUCUGCACCGUUCGGCAAGUUCCAGGGUAAGACUGUGACCAUCUGGGAGAUCAUCAACUCCGAGUACUUUACCGCGGAGCAGCGGCGCGACCUGCUGCGACAGUUCCGCACGGGCCGCAUCACAGUGGAGAAGAUCAUCAAGAUUGUCAUCACGGUGGUGGAGGAACACGAGCGGAAGAGCCAGCUCUGCUUCGAGGGGCUCCGUGCCCUCGUGCCUGCUGCGGAGCUGCUGGACAGUGGGGUCAUCAACCAAGAACUCUACCAGCAGCUGCAACGGGGUGAGCGUUCUGUGCGGGAGGUGGCCGAGGCAGACAGCGUGAGGCGGGCCCUGCGGGGUACCAAUGUCAUUGCCGGUGUGUGGCUGGAAGAAGCAGGGCAGAAGCUGAGCAUCUACGAGGCCUUGAAGAAAGACUUGCUGCAGCCAGAUGUGGCUGUGGCCUUGCUGGAGGCCCAGGCUGGCACUGGGCACAUCAUCGACCCUGCCACUAGUGCCCGGCUGACGGUGGAUGAGGCGGUGCGCGCUGGCCUAGUGGGUCCUGAGCUGCACGAGAAGCUCUUGUCGGCUGAGAAGGCUGUGACAGGCUAUAGGGAUCCUUACUCAGGACAGAGUGUCUCACUGUUCCAGGCCCUGAAGAAGGGUCUCAUCCCCCGGGAACAGGGACUGCGCCUGCUAGAUGCCCAGUUAUCCACUGGUGGCAUUGUAGACCCCAGCAAGAGCCAUCGUGUGCCCCUGGAUGUUGCCUACACCCGGGGCUACCUGGACAAAGAGACCAACAAGGCCCUGCUGUCACCCAGGGACGAUGCCAGAGUCUACCUUGACCCCAGUACCCGGGAGCCAGUAACCUACAGCCAGCUCCAGCAGCGGUGCCGGUCUGACCAGCUAACCGGGUUGAGCUUGCUGCCACUCUCAGAGAAGGCUGUCCGGGCCAGGCAGGAGGAGGUCUACUCUGAGCUCCAGGCCCGUGAGACACUGGAGAAGGCCACAGUUGAGGUUCCCGUGGGCAGCUUCAAGGGCAGGACAAUGACAGUGUGGGAACUCAUAAGCUCUGAGUACUUCACUGAGGAGCAGCGGCAGGAGCUGCUCCGGCAGUUCCGCACAGGCAAGGUCACCGUUGAGAAGGUCAUCAAAAUUCUUAUCACUAUUGUGGAGGAGGUGGAGACCAAGCGGCAGGAGCGAUUGUCCUUCAGUGGCCUCCGUGCCCCUGUGCCAGCCAGUGAGCUCCUUGCUGCCAAGAUCCUCAACAGAGCUCAGUUUGACCAGCUUAAGGAUGGCAAGACAACAGUCAAAGAUCUGUCGGAGGUGGACUCCGUGCGGACCCUGCUGCAAGGCAGCGGCUGCCUGGCUGGCAUCUACCUGGAGGACUCGAAGGAGAAAGUCACCAUCUAUGAGGCUAUGCGCCGUGGUCUCCUCACAGCCGGCACAGCCACACUCCUGCUGGAGGCCCAGGCAGCCACUGGCUUUCUAGUGGACCCUGUGCGGAACCAACGUCUGUACGUCCAUGAGGCUGUCAAGGCGGGAGUCGUGGGCCCUGAGCUCCAUGAGAAGCUACUGUCGGCUGAGAAGGCGGUCACUGGCUAUAAGGAUCCUUACUCAGGCACCACCAUCUCACUGUUCCAGGCUAUGAAGAAGGGCUUGGUCCUCAGGGAACAUGCCAUCCGCCUGCUGGAGGCUCAGAUCGCCACGGGUGGCAUCAUUGACCCUGUGCACAGCCACCGCCUGCCCGUGGACGUGGCCUACCAGCGUGGCUACUUGGAUGAGGAGAUGAACCGUGUGCUGGCAGAUCCAAGUGACGACACCAAGGGCUUCUUCGACCCCAACACGCGUGAGAACCUCACCUACCUGCAGCUGCUGAAGCGCUGUGUGGAGGACCCCGAGACAGGCCUGCGCCUCCUGCCACUCAGAGGGGCCGAGAAGACCGAGGUGGUGGAGACCACACAGGUGUAUACAGAGGAGGAGACUAGGAGGGCGUUCGAGGAGACACAGAUUGACAUCCCUGGUGGUGGCAGCCACGGUGGCUCCUCCAUGUCCCUGUGGGAGGUGAUGCAGUCCGACAUGAUCCCGGAGGAUCAGCGAACCCGGCUCAUGGCUGACUUUCAGGCUGGCCGAGUGACCAAGGAGCGUAUGAUCAUCAUCAUCAUUGAAAUCAUCGAGAAGACUGAGAUCAUCCGCCAGCAGAACCUUGCCUCCUACGACUACGUGCGCCGCCGCCUCACUGCCGAAGACCUGUAUGAGGCCCGGAUCAUCUCCCUCGAGACCUACAACCUCUUCCGGGAGGGCACCAAGAGCCUCCGUGAGGUUCUGGAGAUGGAAUCUGCCUGGCGCUACCUUUAUGGCACAGGCUCUGUGGCCGGUGUCUACCUGCCUGGCUCCAGGCAGACCCUAACCAUCUACCAGGCCCUUAAGAAGGGGCUGCUGAAUGCUGAGGUGGCCCGCUUGUUGCUGGAAGCACAGGCAGCCACGGGCUUCCUGCUGGACCCUGUGAAGGGUGAGCGGCUGACUGUGGAUGAGGCCGUGAGGAAGGGUCUGGUAGGCCCAGAGCUGCAUGAUCGGCUGCUCUCCGCAGAGCGGGCUGUUACUGGCUACCGUGACCCCUAUACCGAACAGACCAUCUCGCUCUUCCAGGCCAUGAAGAAGGAGCUGAUCCCUGCUGAGGAGGCUUUGAGGCUGCUGGAUGCCCAGCUAGCCACAGGAGGCAUAGUGGACCCCCGCCUGGGUUUCCACCUCCCUCUGGAGGUGGCUUACCAACGUGGUUACCUCAAUAAAGACACGCAUGACCAGCUGUCGGAGCCCAGUGAGGUGCGCAGCUAUGUGGAUCCCUCCACGGAUGAGCGCCUCAGUUACACACAGCUGCUCAAGCGGUGCCGCCGUGAUGAUAACAGUGGCCAAAUGCUCCUGCCACUCUCUGAUGCCCGCAAGCUGACCUUCCGUGGCCUGCGCAAGCAGAUCACCGUGGAGGAGCUGGUGCGGUCCCAGGUCCUGGAUGAGGCCACAGCGCUACAGCUGCAAGAAGGCCUGACCUCCAUUGAGGAGGUCACCAAGAACCUGCAGAAGUUCCUUGAGGGUACCAGCUGCAUUGCUGGAGUCUUUGUUGAUGCUACCAAGGAGCGGCUCUCGGUGUACCAGGCCAUGAAGAAGGGCAUUAUUCGCCCAGGUACAGCCUUUGAGCUCCUGGAAGCACAGGCAGCCACUGGCUAUGUCAUUGACCCUAUCAAGGGACUCAAGUUGACUGUGGAGGAGGCUGUGCGUAUGGGCAUUGUGGGUCCCGAGUUCAAAGACAAGCUGCUGUCAGCUGAGCGUGCUGUCACUGGCUACAAGGAUCCCUACUCUGGAAAACUCAUCUCCCUCUUCCAGGCCAUGAAGAAGGGCCUCAUCCUGAAGGACCACGGCAUCCGUCUGCUAGAGGCUCAGAUUGCCACCGGUGGCAUCAUCGACCCUGAGGAGAGCCACCGGCUACCUGUGGAGGUGGCCUAUAAGCGUGGCCUCUUCGAUGAGGAGAUGAAUGAGAUCCUGACCGAUCCCUCAGAUGACACCAAGGGUUUCUUUGACCCCAACACGGAGGAGAACCUCACCUACCUGCAGCUGAUGGAGCGCUGCAUCACUGACCCCCAGACUGGCCUGUGUCUCCUGCCGCUGAAGGAGAAGAAGCGCGAGCGGAAGACGUCCUCCAAGUCUUCAGUGCGCAAGCGCCGUGUGGUGAUCGUGGACCCCGAGACAGGCAAGGAGAUGUCAGUGUACGAGGCCUACCGCAAGGGCCUCAUUGACCACCAGACAUACCUGGAGCUCUCAGAGCAGGAAUGCGAAUGGGAAGAAAUCACCAUUUCCUCCUCAGACGGCGUGGUCAAAUCUAUGAUCAUUGACCGCCGCUCGGGCCGACAGUAUGACAUCGACGAUGCCAUCACCAAGAACUUCAUUGACCGCUCAGCACUGGACCAGUACCGUGCUGGUACACUUUCCAUCACUGAGUUUGCUGACAUGCUCUCCGGCAAUGCUGGUGGCUUCCGCUCCCGCUCCUCAUCCGUGGGCUCAUCUUCCUCCUAUCCCAUCAGCCCUGCCGUCUCUAGGACCCAGUUAGCCUCCUGGUCUGAUCCUACCGAGGAGACUGGCCCAGUGGCCGGCAUCCUGGACACAGAGACUCUGGAGAAGGUGUCCAUCACGGAGGCCAUGCACCGCAACCUGGUCGACAACAUCACCGGUCAGCGGCUGCUGGAGGCACAGGCCUGCACUGGGGGCAUCAUUGACCCCAGCACUGGUGAGCGCUUCCCGGUCACCGAGGCUGUCAACAAGGGCCUUGUGGACAAGAUCAUGGUAGACCGCAUCAAUCUGGCCCAGAAGGCCUUCUGUGGGUUUGAGGACCCACGCACCAAGACCAAGAUGUCAGCUGCCCAGGCCCUGAAGAAGGGCUGGCUCUACUACGAGGCUGGCCAGCGCUUCCUGGAAGUGCAGUACCUAACAGGUGGUCUGAUUGAGCCUGACACCCCUGGCCGCGUGCCCCUUGACGAGGCCCUGCAACGUGGCACGGUGGAUGCCCGCACUGCCCAGAAGCUGCGUGAUGUCAGUGCCUACUCCAAGUACCUCACGUGCCCCAAGACCAAGCUCAAGAUCUCCUACAAGGAUGCUCUGGACCGCAGCAUGGUGGAGGAGGGCACAGGGCUGAGGCUGUUGGAAGCCGCGGCACAGUCCAGCAAGGGCUACUAUAGCCCCUACAGCGUCAGCGGCUCUGGCUCCACCACGGGCUCACGCACUGGUUCCCGCACCGGCUCCCGGGCCGGUUCCCGCCGCGGCAGCUUUGAUGCCACUGGCUCCGGUUUCUCCAUGACCUUCUCUUCUUCCUCUUACUCUUCCUCCAGUUAUGGCCGCCGCUAUGCCUCAGGGCCUUCAGCCUCUCUAGGGGGUCCUGAGUCUGCCGUGGCCUGACCCCUUGCCUGCACCCUGCCCUCCAGCUCUGCAUGUGGCCAGGCUCCCUGUGGAGGUGCUGGGGUCUUUAACAUGUAAAGGUGUCUUCCUCCCAAGCGGUGCCUAAAGUUUAACCAAAAAGACCAGACUAACACAUUAAUAUAUAUGUAUAUAUAUCUGAUGUCCAGACAGCCUGUGUCUCGGGAAAUGGGACUGGCCCAGGCCCAGUGACCACUUCACUCUCUUGGGGUCUCUAAUCCUUUCUACCUGCCACUCACCACAGCUAGGUGCCUUGGAGAAUCCAGAGCUGGACACUCAGCCUACCACUCCUGUCUCUCCUGGGAGGAUUCUAUCUGGGAAAGGCCCCCAGACCUCUAAGCCCACCCCACUGGAUGUCCACCUGCUGGUCCUAGCUGCUGGGGAAGCCGGGGAUGAUCCUAUGAGCAGACAGCUCUCGGGCCUCUUGAGGCCUCUGUCCCGAGCCAGCUGCCUCUCCCCAGUGUGUGUCUGAAUUACCUGCCUAUUCAGUGGGUCUUGCUGGCGAAGGAAAGGUCCCAGGUCAGCCAUCUCUUCCAGCCUGCCCAGAGAAGCCCCUUCCCCAUGGGAAGAUAAGGCCUGGACGUGGCCCCAGCCUCCCGCCUGGCUCCUGCAGCUGCCAUUGGAGCUACUAUGCUUUGUAGCUCACCCACCCAUACUUAUCCCCCACCCCGAGACCUGAGCCUCUGCUUCAGCCUCCCGGCCUCAGCUCCCCUUGUAAGUGCCUUCUGUGUCCUUCUUGUACCCAGGCCCUAAAGACCCAGACACAGGGUAGGAGAUGGACUUUCUGGCUGGGCAGGCUGAAGGGUUCUCCUACCCCAGAGGCCCAGUGACUCCUCAACCUGUGGAAAUCCUCUCUGGGUGCUGCUGCCCACCUCUGUCCCAGGGAGUCCUGGCCCCUCCAUGGCCCAGAGACACUGGCUGGCCCAUCUGUGCUGUAAGCACCUGGCCAAUGCCGCCUUCUCUUCCUGUCCAGCCAGCCCCUGGCCUUGGUGGCGCCUGCCCCUGCCUCCACCCUCUGAGUGAGCUUUUGCAUGUUUCACUAACCUUGAGCUGGUGGCAGGUGGAGAUGCCAGGCAGAACACUAACCUGACCAUGGGCGGGGCCCUGCGGUGUCCGCCCCUCAAUAAAAGCAAUUCCAACCUUC